AUGAGGGACCGUCUGGCCGAGCUGACAUCGCGCACUCAAAACGAAGAUGGAGAAGCCACAGUUGUCGUUGAAAGCGACCAUUACAUGGAAGACUUCUUCCUACAGGUUGAGGAAGUUCGGAAGUAUAUCUCAAAAAUCUCAGAUGUUGUAGAAGAAGUGAGGAAGAAACACAGUGUUAUCCUCUCGGCCACGCAUCCAAAAGAUAAAACGAAGGAAGAACUCGAAGAACUGAACAAAGAAAUCAGAAAAACAGCCAAUAUCAUCCGUGCUAAAUUGAAAUCCAUGGAACAAAAUUUAGCUCGAGAGGAGAACAUCAAUCGAACUUCAGCGGAUGUCCGAAUACGAAAAUCACAGCAUUCGGUGUUGACCCGGAAGUUUGUGGACGUGAUGACGAUGUAUAACGGAACUCAAACCGUCUUCCGGGAACGUACGAAAGACCAGAUACGGCGUCAGUUGGAAAUAACUGGAAAAACCACCACGGACGAAGAACUGGAAGACAUGUUGGAAAGCGGCAAUCUUUCCAUUUUCACUUCGGACAUCAUUUUGGACACCAAACUGACCAGAGCAGCCGUCGAUGAAAUCGAGUCGCGUCAUAAAGAUAUUAUAAAACUGGAAUCGAGCAUACAGGAAUUGCAUGAAAUGUUCAUGGACAUGGCGAUGCUGGUGGAGGUUCAGGGCGAAAUGGUCAACAGCAUCGAGAAGAACGUGAUGAACGCGGUGGAUUACGUAGAACACGCCAAGGAGGAGACCAAGAAGGCCGUCAAAUAUCAAAGUAAAGCUCGUAGAAAAAAAUGGAUUAUUGUCACCAUUGUGCUGGUGCUGUUAGCUCUACUGGCUCUAAUAAUUGGCUUGUCUGUUGGGGUGCCGUGAUGCUUAGAUAACUGCCCACGAGCAACUGCCCCUACUACCUUCUCAAAACUGAUGUUCAUUCUAAUUUGUGUCACUCUCUUGACUGUUAUCCUUGGAAUUAUCCUAGCUGCACACUUCUCCUAACCUUUAUUUGGAGGUUGGGAGUCUCCUGAAACGCUUCCAAGUUCUCAUCAAGAUGCCUUUUUCUUGCCAUAACGAGGAUUUUCUGUUUUCCAAGAUGGCAAAAAAAAAUUAAGUAGUUGUUUAAGGAUCUUGUAGGACUCUUUUAAAGUUUUGAUAUCUGCAGACCUGAACCAAACAUGAAAGAAGCUGGAACACCCUCUGAUGUGGACUCGUUUAAAGGCUGCUUUGAUUACAUACAUGCAAAUAUAUAUGAUGAGUUGCAAAACUUCCAGCACAUCAGUGUUACCAUUUGGAAAUGGGUAGAUUCAUCACCCAGAAACCAGAGAUCUUGAAAUUUGUAUUGUUUGAAACUAAAGCAGCCCUAUUUGCAAUUUGACUGUAGUCCUAAAUGCUAUGUUUCAGAGGUUACGUUUCACGAUAAUAAUUGCAUUUUAUUUUUAAGCAAAGGUGGUUGAGAUUGGGGGGCAUAAAGUUGCUUUCUCUUCUCUCCGGUUUUCAUGUGUUUUUAAAUCAUCUUAAAACCACUGCAUAAUAAACAAAAUGUUUUUUUAAUGUUUUAAUCGCUUCAAGGCCACAGAGUGGGAAUCUUAAGUGCCUCCUUUUUUUAACGGGCGAAUCUGCAAACUGUUUUUGAGAAACGUCAGCGACCUUGUUAAAUAAUGUGAUUUUACUGGUGGUCCUAGAUGACCUGGUUCACACAUAAAGCUGGCUGGGGCAAAAUCAGGGCUGGAAUUCGGUCUUCAUACUCAACUGUCCCCUGACUGAGCAAAAACAUUGUUUCUUUUUAUACAGAAGGUAGUUUGGCAUUACAUUUGAGCCAGCGAUCCUAGUUUAGGAUCUUAAACAGAGUAACAAACUAGCCCAGGGCUUGAAAUUGACACGACUUGACAUUGACUGAAAGUGAGUUUGAAACCAUUUUGUCCGCUGAAGUUCACAGUAAGCCAGUUUAGUUGCGUCAUAAAAUGAAAUUAACCUUGACUUGUGAGCCUUCAGAGGACAAAGAAAGCGUGCAAGAUUCCAAUUCUCAGCUCUGUGCAAAGCUAACACUAAACCCAGCUUUAGUGUCAUGUGUGAACUGAAGCCUUCCUUGCCUUAAAGAUGUAUUUCACUGUGAAGUUUAUUAAGCUAUUUUGCUUUGUUUUAAUUUCAGAUUAUUUCUUUCUAAACACUCAGAAAGCAUGGCAUUGUUGAGAUGGGGGGUGGGAGAUUUGCACCUGAUUAUUAGGCUGCCUUUGAGAAUGGCCUUUGUUGCAUCUUUGAACCCCUUCAGUCAAAGAACUUGAGAAAGACCUAUUUUGUGUGAAACAGUCCUCAUGUGGGAUGUGAGUUUGCAAAGCUGCUUCUUGCAACUCUCCAUCAAUUUAGCAAGGCAGCUGCCGAAAAUGAAUUUUGAGGUUGCACACACAGAAGUCUAAUAAGGGAGAGUGAAGAUGCCUUCAAGUUGAAUUUUAGGAAGGGGCUUACUUACUAAUGGAGUAAAAUUGGGAUUGCAUUAUAGAUUUGUCCAAAGUGCAUUCAGUCCUUACGUUCUUGUUGCCAACUAGUUGAGGAAUUAUGACGAACAAAAGCCUUUGGUCAUUAUCUUUUCAAGGCUUUCGUCUUAAAACAAACCCUUAUUUUGUCAGGAGAGGUGACUCCAAAAGUUGAUGUGGUUUGUGUUGUGAUCUCAGUUUAUUGGUGGUUAGUUGCACUGAAGUCCCGCAAAUGUUUAAUGGGGUGUGGGUGACAUAUUUCCCUCUAGAUCUGAACCUGAAAUGUCCAGCUGUUAAGAAUUUUUAAAACAAUUCAGAGGCAACCAAAACGAGUUGUGUCUUAACUUUGCUUUACUUUUUUUUUUUUUGGUAUGGUAUUAUUCCUGUAAAUAUAUGUACAUGCAACUGUGUUUUGCUUUCUUAUUGUUAAAAUAUAUAUGUAGCUAUUUAUGCUCAGAAUGAAAUAAACUGUGA